AGCAGCUGAUUGCAUGUCAGGAAGAGAAUCAAAACAAAUAACAUUUUACAUUAUCAGAAAAUUUUCCUAAUUGAGCAGGAUGAUUCAUAAACAUUUUGUAUGAAAGGGUAAUAAAGCUAUAAAAUACAUGAAAUGCAAGGCGGGAUAAUAGAUCUGUAACACUCCCAAAAAAAAACAAAAAAAAUGGCUAAAAACAAGAUAGCAGCCUUUUUAGAAAGUAUUGAACCUCAAGAAAGAUUGAAGCAAUUAAUUGAUUUUAGCAAUUUGAUUGAAGUAGAUCCUCAUGUACCCCCAACAAGGUAUUACCGUUCUGGAUUGGAAAUGGUUCGGAUGGCUAAUGUGUAUUAUGAUGAGGGAAAUCUAGAGAAAGCUUAUUGUUUAUAUCUGAAAUUUAUGACACUUUUCUUAGAAAAAAUUAGGAAACAUCCAGAUUUUAGCACUGUUCCAUCUACUAUGAAAGCAGCUAACCAGGCCAAGCUGCGAGAAAUCUUACCAAAGGCUGAAAAAUUAAAACAAAGGCUGCUGGACAUCUACAAGCAAGACUAUGAUAAUUAUGUAAAGAAAUUAACACAACUAGCCAAAGAAGCAGAACAGAGGAAAAGAAAAUCAGACGAAGAGAAAAAAGAGGCGCAAAAACCCGUACCUCCAAAACCAGAAUUUGUGACAGCACAAAUUCCUGGUUCAAUUGAUGGUAUUAGCUAUCCAGAUCCUAAUUUAACUGGAUCAUCAGUUACACUAACACCAUCUGCGCCAGAAUUUCCACCAUCAUAUGAUGAUGAAAAUUUCUUACCAUCUUUACCAGCAUUUGAUAGAAGCAAGAAACCAUCAGGAUCAGGAUUUGAUGAAAAGUAUGAUGCGGAUACUUUAAGGAACGUUUUGGUGCCAUCCAAAGUGAUGACGAUGUUUGAAACUUUGGCCCAGAAAAACACAAAUCAGAAUAUUGAGACUUGUGGGAUACUAGCUGGAAAAUUAGAAAAGAACCAGCUAAUAAUCACUCAUAUGAUAUUGCCAAAGCAAAAUGGUACUCCAGAUUCGUGUACCACUACAAAUGAGGAGGAAAUCUUUGAUUAUCAAGAUCAGCAUAAUUUAAUUACUAUUGGAUGGAUUCACACUCAUCCUACACAAACAGCAUUUUUGUCCAGUGUGGAUUUGCAUACUCAAUGUCCGUACCAAUUACUUAUGCCUGAAGCCAUUGCAAUUGUAUGUUGUCCAAAAUAUAAGAGCAUUGGAUUCUUUACACUUACCCCAAACUAUGGAUUGCAGUAUAUAGCCAAUUGUAGAAAGAGUGGAUUCCACCCUCAUCCUUCAGAACCAGCUUUGUUUAAGAAUGCUGAUCAUAUAAAAAUAGAAAAUACACCUUUGGAGGUCCUAGAUUUACGUAAAUAGUUAUGUCAGAAAAUGAAAUAUUUUAAGCAGGGUGUUUCGAAGAAUUUUAAAAUUAUUAUAGGUAUAUUGGAAUAUAAAAGAUAUUUUCAAUGUUCUUACAUUAGGUUCGAGUGACUUACUGAACGUUGCCUAAUCUGCCUUUUUAUGAUGCAGAGAUAUCUCUGCGAUAUUGUCUAAGCCAAAGUAUUUAUGAAUUUACAAGUUAUUUUUUUAAUUUUUACUACGCCUAUGUUAUGAUUGCAUUUAGAAAUUGAAAGCUUUUUUUAUUUUUGUUUGCACGCUCGAAUAAUAUAUGUAUAACUUGUACGUGCCUGUUACAUUUAAUUGAAAGUACUGAUAUUUUAUAAUGUAAUUUUGAUCAAAGAAUUUUGUUAUUAUUAAGGAAUCUUAUGUUAAAAAAUAUAUUUUCCUUAUGUUCUUUUGAACCUAAUAGUGCACAUGUCCGACCUUAAGUUGUUUCUCUAGGAUCUGUAACGUUUUUUAUAACUAGGUGCGAAACUUCGACUAACCUUAGAAUUGGUUCUUGAGACCAAUAUAUUUGGGUAGGGGAUGAUACCAAAUUCUUUUAGGGCGGCUGAUAUUUGGAAAUCCCACUAACCAUUACAAUAAAUUAGUAUAUAGCACAAGCAUAAAAAUCAUCUGCUAAAAUUCUAAUGAGCAUUCAUAAAAAGAGUUUUUCCGGCGCCUGCGUGGCAGAAUGCAAAUUCGGGUAAUACGAAAUGAAUCAAAGGAGAACAGCCCCAAGUAUCAGUCUCAAAAAAUUCUUUAAUUUGUUAGAGUGGUGACACGUGUUUCGCUUCUAAGAGCAUCAUCAGACCUAAAAAAUAAUAUAAACAAAACCAAAUAAAAUUACAAAAAGACCUUAAAGUAAAACAAAAAAGUAUACCUCUUACUACAAUAAUCCAGGUAUUUUUCAGAGAACUUGUUAAAAUACAAUCAAAACAGCAAGAUAAAAUAAAGUGAUACGUUUGUAUGCAUUAACGUUAUUCUUAGUAUGUUCUGAUAUUCUCCAAAUACCUUCCCAUGACCCGACCGACACCUAAUAUAAACAUUAGAUCUUUGUCAAUAAUUGACACUGAUAAUUAUUGUUAGUGUUGAUAACAGAGUUAUACAGCUUAUUACAAAUAAUAGUCGUGUUUUUGGGUUACUAAAAAAUGUUAAUAUAUUAUGAACACAAUUUAAUAGGAACGAACGAAACGUAUAAUAAUACCAUACAAGGUAAACGGACUACCAAUGAAUCGUUUGUUAUUUCCGAAACAUUCCAUACGAUAUUUUUAGAAGUUUUGUUUUCAGGAGGUAAAAAAAUAACCUCAUUUUGCUGUGAUGCUGUGUUUGUUAAAAGCUGAUCUUAAUAUGUAGUUUCGAUGGAUUUAUUUAGUAUUAUAGAGAAAGAAAUGAAAAAAAACGUCUGCCUUUCAUUUAAGUUAAAUUUGUUUUGGAAAACGUCACAUGGGUUGUUUCUACAAUAAAGACAAGUUAACUUUAUUAAUAGAAAAGUACAAAAUUGAGUGUUUCAUUUAAUUAGGUAUUUCGUGCUAUUUUCUUACUUUUAAGAUGUAAUGUUAGUUGGAUUAUUCCUACUUUAAAUGAAACAUAACAAGAAUAAAAGCCAGGCGUACCCGCACUUGUGUUCUUUCUGUACCAAAUCACGUACGUUUAUAUAUUAUUAUUUCGUAAUAGACAAAAAACAUCAACUAUGUUCUUUGGAAUGCUUUAUAAAUAAAUUAUUCAAAUAGUUUUCAUAAAAAACACAGGCACCUGAAUUUGUUGAUGAUAUAUUCAUGCCUCGCUAAUCGUCAGCACCGCUCAUAUUCAGUCCUCAUAUUCCGUUGCAAACCGAUAGUUUUGAUCUUAAUUCAUCUCAUUUGGUCCAACAACUGAAAACCAUAAAAUUAUCAUAUUACGUUUGACGUGGAGUCACUACAAACUUCUAAUUCCUGAUAUUGAUAUAGGUUCUUCUGUUAGAACGCAUAAUCUUUUUGGAAUGCUUUAAACGACAUCCAUCGUUAAAUUUCAAUUUAUUAACUUCAUGCCAAAAAUCUAGCAACAGUAGGUUGAAGAUAUUUUUGUCAUUUUAUUACAUGGACGGAAUUAUCUUCAGGAUUAUAUUUGAAUUCUAUUUACUCCAAGAUCCGGUUUAAUAAUAAAUUAGUUGAAUCAAUAACAAUUGAAGUAGAGCAAAACAGUAUUUUUUUCUUGGAUAUCCUGAUAGAAAACCGGAGCUAAUGUUGGGCCACUUAGUGUACGGGAAAUCUACGCAUAGAGCCCUAUAUUUUCACACACUUUGGCAUUUAUUCUAAAAAAUGUCAAGAUCACACUAGUCUACAGAGUGCUUUCGUUGAAUUCAUGAAGAAUUAAGGUGUUUGAAAAAAUUAAUGAAAAAUGUUAUUCUUAUCGAGAUCUAUAUUUUUGUUUCUCAAUUUAUUAUUUCAAAUUGUUUAAUUUAAAUAUUUUCUUGCUUAUACUGUUUAGGGUUUCUUCGAAUUAUCAAAUGGAAAAGCCAUAAGAGUUGAGCUACUAUUUAUGUCUUUUAAAGUCUGAUUAUUAUAUCAAUACCUGGUUAAAAUCAUCCCAGAUCAUUUUCGAAAUGUCUUAAUGAAAUUUUAAAAUAAAUUGGUACCAAUACUAUUUAAUAUCAUGGUACUUAAAACUAUCGAUAUAAAGGGUGAAAUUAGAACUUUUUGAACAUAAGACUAGAGGUUACAUAUUAUAUACAACCACUGACUGGCUUAUGUUUUAGAUUGUAGAUCGGACGAUUUCGCAUCUAGUCUAAGAUAACUUGUUAUUUUACCAAAAAAUAUUCUCUUUGUUCUGUUUCCGAAGUUAAUACUUAAAUUAAAAGUAAAAUAAUCCGAGUUUAAUUCUUUAAAGAUAAUUUUUGCAAACUUGAUUUAGCUUAAAUAGUCUCUUAUCCAUAAGAUGUUUUAAAUGAUUUCGUAUUUUUAAACGAAAUCAUUUAAAACGAGUAGAAGUAGGAGAAGUAAAAAUUUUCUUGGUAAUAUGAAAUUAUCCCAAUUAUGUAAACAGUAAUUUAGAAAAUGUUCCUCUUAAUAAUGACAAAAUUGUUUUAUUACAGGCUAUUUUGACUUGUACCAUUGGGAUCUUGGAAAUAGAUAAAGAGGGUUAAUUUAAAAAUAUAUAAAUAAUAAUAUAUAAUAUAUAUAUUGAAUAAUAAAUUUUUAAUCUACCUCUUCUAAAUCUUCGCUUUCAUUUGGGUUUUGCAAGUUCUCUCUAAUAUUUUUAUCUACUCGUAGUUAGGAUAGAUCUUAAAAAUUGUUAAAUCGUCAAAAAUUGUUGAAUUUCAGCUUUAAUCUCUUUAUUAAUGACAGAAUUAAACAGAUUAUUAAUAAGCUUUUUAUAUUCGCAAAUCAAUUUUUUUUGAAUUUUUGUACUCUAUAACUACUGGCGUCAUGAAACCGACACCUUUUUAAUAACUAAUAUAGGAAUUUCAAAGUGAAUUCAGUGUAAGUCUAAUAAUCUUCAUUCUAUAGAUGUUAAAAAUAUUCAAAACGUCACUUUUCCUAAAUAAACUGGAAAGCUUGAUAUUAUACUUACACCCAUAAUACUUUUAUCAAAAUAGGUCAACAAUUAAAUUUAAUUUAAACGACAGAUGUAAAAAAUACAAAAAAAAUAUGGCGUUAAUUUUAAAAUAAGCGACCAUAGAAGUUUUUCAUUUUUUUAUAAUGGAUUUAGGUAGCUCCCAGAGAACCUGUAUUUGUAAGGUUACUACACAAGAUUUUAAGCCAUUUUUUUAAAAUUUUGUUUAGUAGAUAUCUAGAUGAUUUAAUCAUCCAGAUCCCACUGGUCUGUGUAUCAUCCUGUCUAUUGGUUUUAUUUGCUUUAAUAAAUCUGUGAUUUCUAGCUUAAUUUUUUGAUAAAUAAAACCACUGGGAUAUUUAUUAA